AUGAAGCAAUCUUCAUCUUCAUCGUCCUCGCGGCCGUCCUCCGCCGUGCUCCCCUACCAAACGCCGAGGCUGAGGGACCAUUACAACCUUGGCCGGAAACUAGGACAGGGCCAAUUCGGCACCACUUACCACUGCGUGGAAAAGGCCACCGGCAUCGAGUACGCCUGCAAAUCGAUCCCCAAGCGCAAGCUUCUCUGCCGGGAGGACUACGACGACGUUUGGAGGGAGAUUCAGAUAAUGCACCACCUGUCCGAGAAUCCGAACGUCGUCAGGAUCAAGGGGACGUACGAGGACAGCGUCUUCGUGCACCUGGUUAUGGAGCUUUGCGCCGGAGGGGAGCUUUUCGAUCGGAUUGUGCAGAAGGGUCAUUACAGUGAGAGGAAAGCCGCGCAGCUUAUGAAGACGAUUGUGGGUGUGGUCGAGGCGUGUCAUUCUCUUGGGGUGAUGCAUAGGGAUCUGAAGCCGGAGAAUUUCCUGUUCGAUUCGGCUGACGAGGAUGCGAAGCUUAAGGCGACGGAUUUCGGUUUGUCUGUUUUUUACAAGCCAGGUCAUUAUCUUUCGGACGUAGUUGGAAGUCCUUACUAUGUUGCACCAGAAGUGUUGCACAAAUACUAUGGACCCGAAAUUGAUGUAUGGAGUGCUGGUGUUAUCCUCUACAUUCUAUUAAGUGGGGUUCCACCUUUCUGGGCAGAAACGGAUAAUGGGAUCUUCAAACAAAUUUUGAAAGGGAAGAUCGAUUUUGAAUCCGACCCGUGGCCCCAAAUUUCAGACAGCGCAAAGGAUCUCGUAAGGAAGAUGCUCGACAGAAACCCCAGGCAGCGCAUCACUGCACAUCAAGUCCUAUGCCAUCCUUGGAUUGUGGAUGACACCGUUGCACCAGAUGAACCCUUGGGAUCGGCAGUGUUGUGUCGGCUGAAGCAGUUUUCUGCCAUGAACAAACUCAAGAAGAUGGCUCUACGUGUUAUAGCAGAAAGACUUUCAGAAGAAGAAAUUGGCGGAUUGAGGCAAUUAUUCAAAAUGAUAGAUACAGACAACAGUGGAACAAUAACAUUCGAGGAACUCAAACAAGGUUUGAGAAGAGUAGGCUCUGAACUAAUGGAAUCCGAGAUCAAAGCGCUAAUGAGUGCGGCUGACACUGACAACAGUGGGACUAUAGAGUACGACCGUAAAAAACUGAAACGUUCAAUCAGAGAACGAUUCCCUAACGCUUCUGAUGCAGAAAUUGAUGUUUUACUGCCCCCAAAGGUGGAAAUAACUGUGACCAAGUACCCUAACCGAGUACUUGUGUACGGUCUGGAAGGUGACUGUCCAAUGUUUUAUGAUAUCGACGGACGGGGAUCAGAAAUAUUACCUACAGUUUAUGCCUUAUGGAAGGUUCCGGAUCUUUUGCCUGCUUUUAUGCUUAAAGGGGGAGAGGUUUCUAGGUUUGUUCUUGGUGGGGCUGAUUUGAUGUUCCCUGGCAUCCAAAUUUGUGCUGAAGGUCUUCCCUCAUUUUCUGCUGGUGAGCCAUGGGCUGUGAAAGUUCCUGGCAAUCCCGCUCCUAUAGCUGUAGGCAUUACCACCAUGAGUAGCACAGAAGCAUUGAAGGCUGGUUUGCGUGGAAAGGCACUAAGGAUUAGCCAUUAUUACCGUGACACACUUUGGGAUUCUGCUGAAAACUGUUAUGUUCCAAAUGCGGCGACAUUAAUGUGUAAGGCUGACUCGCCGGAAAACAACUGA